GGCUACUGUCCAAUCGGAUCGCGCGUAUUCUGUUACUUACACUCUUCCCUCGCAACACUUUUCCCGGUUGGAAACAAUCUGAGUUAUAUACUGCGCGCUUGAUAUUAGAGAUAAUCGCACACCGCUGGCUGGUGGGAAAAAAAUCAAGACUUAAAAAUGACGGAAAGAAAAGCUGUGGUCAAAAACGCGGACAUGUCCGAGGAGAUGCAACAAGACGCUCUGGACUGUUCCACCCAGGCCAUGGAAAAGUACAACAUCGAGAAGGACAUUGCCGCCUUCAUCAAGAAAGAGUUCGACAAGAAGUACAACCCGACAUGGCAUUGCAUUGUCGGAAGGAACUUUGGAAGUUACGUCACACACGAAACAAAGCAUUUUAUUUACUUCUAUUUGGGACAGGUUGCAAUUCUUCUCUUCAAAUCUGGAUAGCAGGGAGAAAAUUUCUCAAGAUGACAGUGACCAAUCAAAGAAGCAUUCGUGAAUCUCAAGAAAUAUGAUUAUAUAUGUAUCUGACCGGGGGGUUGGGGUCAAAGGGCACUAAUCAAAUUUGUCAAGAUGGAAGUGCUAAUCACGUGAAAGACGACUUGAUGCCUAUACUGCCAUGUACUUUCGAGGGCUGCUUUUUCUCUCCUCUCUUGGUGUUGUAUACUGUACGAUUACAGGGCUCACACUGGUACACAUUUAGUUUUUGCCAAUUUUCAGGCCUUUGUGAAUUUAAAUCUGCGUGACCCAUUUAUCGGUUAUGCAAAAAUAAAUCCAUGUAACUCAUUUAAUUUUUGCGUAACCCGUUAUAUCUAUGUAAAUGGUGCUCAAAAUGUUGCGUGAACAAAAAAUAGGUUACGCAAAAGUAGCUUUGCGCGAACGAAACGAAACGACCGUUCUCGCAAUUUUCAGAGGACUGCAUUUUGAAAUAUGUAAGAGUAUUUUGUUAUUAGCCAAAGGCUAAAUGUUGUAGCCAUUUUGAAUAAAAUGCAGCAGUUGGCUAAUUUGGCAAUGGACAAGGUGAGCCCUGGGUUUUAGUUUGAACUCUAUCUUGUAGAUCAUUUUGUAUUUGUUUUGAUCCGUGCAUUUUGUGUGUAUGUGUAUGUAAAAUACUCGACUGUGAUACUAUGCCUUGGAGUCGUCCAAAAUUGAAGUAAGAUUGCCUAAAAUGUUAGUUUUCAUAUUGUAUACGAAACUGUGUCUCGCUCGUUUUGAACUAUACGACACUCUUCUGAAAAACAAAAAACAGCGCCAUCUGGCUGCAAGUGAAGAACGAUUACUCUGUUUGUAAUUUUUGUUAUCGUUAUCUACAAUAAAACUGUUUGUAUGA